AUGGGAAUGGAUGAUCGGAAGCCCGGGCUGGUCGCGCCGGAAUUUUCGGCAUCGCACCUGCGCGUGGAGCGGCCAUGCGCCGAGUACGUCGCGCGGGGGGCUCUAGAGGGAGGUGGGCAGCGGGGGGGGUCCAAAAGGAAGCCGACGCGGCGGUUGGAGCCGAGGGUCAAGAAGGCCAGAACCGGCGUGGGGGAGCGCCCCUCGGGCUGCGGGGAUGGCGCGUUUGGCCUCGAGGCGGGCCUGCCGGGGGCGUGCCAGGAGGACAUCAGGGCCAGGUGGCAGCCCUACGCCCCCCUGGCCUGCAGCUGGGGCGACGCCGCGGUGCUGGACUUGGUGAUCCAGCAGGCCAACGCCGUCGUGGACCUGAGCCUCGACCGGGCCAUUGAGUUUGCUGAGGAGCAGAUGGGGUGCCCUUUUGUGGAUGCGUCGGUUGGGCGGGCGAAGGGCCCCGAAUCUCCACUCCUGCGCCAGUGCUCGAACCCACAGGCGAAGCAUUCGGCGCUUGCCUACGUGGAGAUGUGUUCGGAAUCGGAGUCUCAGGGCGGAAAGGAUGCAUGGCGCACAGGCUCUAAAUCAAGAGUGGGACCAGCACAGCGCCCGCUGUCUGUGCAUUUGUCGGAGCCAUCUGUGCUGCUUGGGUACCAGGGCGAUUGGUUGGAAACGUCCCCCAGCAUGGCAAGACUAUGGGAUAAGGCUUCUUUUGAGCCCUACUCCUCACCCAAGCCCGUCGUCUAUUACGCCAUAUGCCCAGACAGCAUGUCUGGGCAGCUCAAGGUCUUCCUGAAGGACGUGAGUGCAGUGUAUGAAGCCUCCAACCUUGGCAGCCAUCGUCCUGCACCACCAUCACCAGCCUCGCUUUCAAGUGAAAUAAUAUCAUAUGAGCCCAUACGAUCUGCCACUGCAAGGGAGGCAAAUGCUGCCCAGGCUUUGAAAUGCCAGCAGCUGCAGGACAGAAGCGGUGUUGGACAGCAUGGUGGACAGGAUGCAAAUGCCCACAACAGAACACAAGACAGCAGGAUGAUAAAUCCCAGGUUUGCAGGCUUCAUCCCAUUAGGCUCCAAAAACGAUGGAUUGGGUCAGGCUGGCAGGAAGCUCAGGGAUGCAGAAUAUAGACAUGGUAAAUUUGAUGGAUCUGGCAUCAAACUGGGGCAUGCGGAUGGGUCAUGUGUUCGAGAAGGCCCUGAUGGUGCGGGCCAACAUCCUGGUCCUCUAACUGCGGACUUCAGGAGAGGGCUGAAAGACUCCUGUGCUCGGCUGCAGAAGCUUCUGAUCCUUGACCCUCCAGAUUUGAGGUACACUGGUGGUGGCCUUGUCGAUCAUUUCAACGCUUCCAUAGUUGUGUAUGUCAUGUGCCCAUUCGACAACCCAGAAGCUUGCAUGCAGGUGCUGCUUGAGGCUGCCUCAGCUUUGGCGCCUUGCACCAGGAGCAACCGUCCACCUGUCCAGCCUACCUUGUCAGAAGCCAGGACGCCGGGCGCCAUGAGCAUCCCUGAUGGAGAUUCGGGGUGCCACAUCGAAACGCAAGGGUCUGGAGCGUUCUCAAAGGAAAGUGGAGUUGGCGGCAAGGAAAUGGGCCAGCCGGCAGUGUGCUCAUCCCAGGUUUCCAACAUGUCCAGUGGACGAUAUGGUGGGGCGACAAGGGCGGCUUACAACACACAUGAAGGCAAUGGCGCACAGAGGAAGACCUUGAUGGAGGUCAAAAGUAGAGGGCACAAUCUGGUCCUGCAGUUAGUGUCUCUUUCUGCCCUUGAGGAAGUUACAGGAGGUGCUGCCAAGGCAACAGCCUUUUCUGUUUACAACAAGGUGCAUGAGUACCAGAGACAAUCUGCAGAUGCAAGCACCGCAGUAUCUGUUGGCAUAGACAAUGAAGGGGAUAGAAUGCUGAAUUCAUCAGGUGACCCGUCUGGGCAAGUGCGGCCCUCCAAUCCCUUGCUGGUGCUGUCCCAGCCUUGCAGUUCCUGUGUUCCCCAACCUUCGCCUGGAGCUGAAGCCGAAGCCAGACCAUUUGCAGGAAUGGAAUCGCCUCCAUCUGUGGCUGCCAGCCCUGCUGGGGUGUUGGCUUCUGAAGCCCCACUGAUAUGUGACCCAGGGGGCAGCGAGACUGCAGAGAAGAAGGCCCAAGAGCUCUCCCUGCAUUGCUGCUACGCCCUCAUUAACAGCAGAUCUGGAAAGAGAAAGUCGAAAUGGCUUGUGUCUUCUUGGACAGAUGCUAGAGGGGAGCUACUGCACACAGAUGUUGUGAAGGUGUAUUGGUAUCGGCGCAGCCCCCAAGGCUUUGGACUGCAGGGCUUAGAAAGGGCGUUGCUGCGCAUCCUUCAGAGUUCAACGGCUGUGGCCAAGGGGGCACUGGAAAUGUCUGGGCACAGAGUUUCGUUGAGAAAUCUGUAUGUGACCAGGCUGGGGUUUCCACUGGAAAGGGAGGCUUCUGUGUGGCGGUCCAUGUGGAAGCAGUGCUCAUCAGGCUGCAGCCAACAGUGGGUUUUCCGAAAGGUGGUGGUGUCUGUUCUGUUGUCUGAUCCCUUGCUUAGAUUGGAUGUGGCUGGCCAUACGUGCGAGGGUACCCAUGUCAUUCGACCAGCAGCUCAACGAGGCUGGAACAGCACAGUUCUGCCCAUCCCAACGUCCUCCAAUCUAGACGAUGGCAUACAGUGUCAGCAACAGCUGAAGGGCUGUUUGUCUGAUCAGCUGGCAGUUUCUGCAGCAACUGAUGGCAAACGAAGCGAUGGCAACGGGAAAAGGGAUGAAAAGGACCUGACGAGCGGCUGUGGGCUUGGCACAGUUCAAGCCCCUGUUCCCAAUCGUGGAGGCGCCACCGUUGUUAGGUUUCCGCACAGACGGCCCGAUGGAGCCCUGCUGCCAGGCGAGCUUGACACUGUGCGGGCAUGGCAUGUUUCUGUGCUGUGCGUGUUCAACCAGGCCCAUUCCGAUGGCCUCCAUGGCCCAAGAGCAGAGAGGCGGGAGAGCUGUUCAUUCAUGAAUUCUGUGGAGCAGCAGGAGUUCGAUGCGACCCCUGGAAACCAGGAUCCGAGCCACAAGGGCAGUUGUGCCACGCAUCCCUCUGGUGUACAGGAAUACAGGGAUGCAGCCCAGGGUUCACCGCUGGACGGUUCUGUUCUUACCGACGCCAAACAGAUAGGGCCCAGGCCAGCUGGCCCAGCUGUUGCAAGCCCUUCUGGCCAGGUGCAGAGGCACAGUGGGUGGGGCCAAAGCAGUGCCCAGUCUCGCUCCCAGGUGCUGGAUCCCUUUGUUGAUGAUGUGUCCCUGUUCCCUCCUGAUCUUGAACCAAGCAGAGAGUGUGCAGGUCUGGAUGCAGCAACGAGUUCCCUGGUGCACACUCCGACAGUCCAUUCUCAUCAGUGGCCAAUGCAGGCAACCAGUGCAGGCCCUCCUGCAACUGGCGUGCCUGCAGCCCCACACUUGCAGCCAUUGCCAGCACCUUCUCCAAAUCUGCUGCAGUGCCCACCGCCUCCUGUAGUCUCACCUCCUGAUGAGCGAUCUGGUGCAAAGAUGGGUUGCUGGGAUGCUGGAUGUGGCGGGGAAGGCCCUUCUCAAGUACCUCUGUACCACCAGGGGCAUGCCCAUGCCAGCUGUGCAGCUAGCCGUCCUGUUGACGAUGGGAAUUGGGAACACAGUGGGCGCACCCCUGGCUCUGGAAGUGAGGAGCUGUGCAGAGCACAACAGGAGGCCGGCAUGGAGUCAACAACAGGAAGAGCUGCUGAGACGUCCCCAGGGGAUAGUGCAGCCAAUGUGUACAUCAGGAGGCCAUCAGCAUCGCAUGACGCAUUGGGAGUAGCAAAGGUAGCAGCCCAGCAGUCUGAGGAAGAGAAGGACUGCGCUUGUGGAGUACUGGUUGCAGAGCUCAAUGCCCUAAGUGUACUGACAAGUGUGCAUUUCAGCCUUUCGCUCUUUCGCCCAGCAUCUGGUUUAGGGAUAGGUUUGGGGUCUGGGGGCUGGGCUGGGCUGCAUGCCCAUCUCCCCAUCCAUUGCUGCAUUGUCGCUCGGCUGUGGGCGCUCAUGAGCGCUGCUGAGCAUCUGCACACCGAUCAGGUGGUCUAG